AGGCUUUGGUGUGAAGAAGCCUGAGAAUCAUUUUUAAUGAAAAUACUGUAUUGCAUUUUCUGAUUUUAAGAGUAAUAAAUGCUUUUUGCAAAAACAAAAACGCUAAACAUACAAGACAGAGUCUACCUGUAAUCCCAUCCCUGGAUAUAAACACUAGCAAGGUAACAUAACAUGUUAUAAAUCUUCUGUUGUAGCUCCUGCAGGAGCCUGUGGUGUUGUGCUGGCACCUCCUACAGGGAUAGCAGCAAGUUCUAGGGCUGUCCUCUUCACUGUAGGGUCUCCUCCACAUAGUGCCAUGGCCCCCACUUGUACCCACAUGGUCCUUCGAACAAGAACAACCUCAGUGGGGUCCAGCAGCUCAGGAGGCUCUCUGUGCUCUGCGAGUGGCCGCGUGUGUGUGGGCUCCCCACCUGGCCCAGGCCUGGGCUCUUCUCCCCCAGGAGCAGAGGCAGCUCCCAGCCUGAGAUACGUGCCUUAUGGUGCCUCACCCCCUAACCUAGAGGGCCUCGUCAGCUUUGAAGCCCCUGAACUGCCGGAGGAGACGCUGAUGGAGCGAGAGCACACAGAUACCUUACGUCAUCUGAAUGUGAUGCUGAUGUUCACUGACUGCGUGCUGGACCUGACAGCUGUGAGGGGAGGAAACCCUGAGCUGUGCACAUCCGCUGUGUCCUUGUACCAGAUUCAGGAGAGUGUGGUCGUGGACCAGAUCAGUCAGCUGAGCAAAGACUGGGGGCGGGUGGAGCAGCUGGUAUUAUACAUGAAAGCAGCACAGCUACUUGCGGCUUCUCUGCAUCUUGCCAAGGCUCAGAUCAAGUCUGGUAAACUGAGCCCAUCCACAGCUGUGAAACAAGUUGUCAAAAAUCUGAAUGAACGCUAUAAAUUCUGCAUCACCAUGUGCAAGAAACUUACAGAAAAGCUGAAUCGCUUCUUCUCUGACAAACAGAGAUUUAUUGAUGAAAUCAACAGUGUAACUGCAGAGAAGCUCAUCUAUAAUUGUGCUGUAGAAAUGGUUCAGUCUGCAGCCCUGGAUGAGAUGUUUCAACAGACUGAAGACAUUGUUUAUCGCUAUCAUAAGGCAGCUCUUCUUUUGGAAGGCCUAACUAAGAUUCUGCAGGACCCUGCAGAUAUUGAAAAUGUACAUAAAUAUAAAUCUAGUAUUGAAAGAAGAUUGUCAGCACUCUGCUAUAGCACUGCAACUGUGUGAGCAGCAGCAGGCUGUACCUCGGACCGGUGGUGGGAGCUUGAGGUGAUGCAUUUGGGAUUACAGCUUGGGUUCUGUCACCCACCCCAGGAAGCUAUAGUUUCUUAACCGGUGACUACCAAAGAACAAGCAGUGAUUUCAAAACGGAAAAACAAUCCAAAAACUACAUAUUUGUCGGAAAUCUGCCUUAUUGGAGAAGUCAUCCCCUCCCUUUUUCUUUGUAGAAGCAGAAGCAAGCGUGUUCUACUUGGCUGCCAGUUUGAACUUGGUAAAUAAACAUACCUUAGAACUAGAAUUAUCAGUACAGUUAUUCUUAAGGAUAAUUAAAAAUGCAACAAAGUGAGUGGCUAUUCACUCAGUUCACCAGAGCAGUGUGUGAAAUUCCAUGUGUUUGCUGAGGUUUAAAAGUAGAAAAUCCAUAUCUCAUCCAGGCAGUUUGUCUAAAUAUGAGCAUGGCAUCCUUAAACAGCUCAGGAAGGAAUAGCUUAAGAAGAAGCAAAAAAUGGCUCUUGGAAGAAAUUUUGAAAUCUUCAAUUUGAUCUAACAUGGACACAUGUUAAUCUUCCAAAAAUCUUUCAUAUUGCACUAAUUUAUUAAAAUAACUAUAUUGGAUUUUGUGAUUUAAAACUAACUGAGGCACAAUGGACUUGUUUGAAAUAUUUUACUUGAUUUACACACACCCUUUUCAGAAUUCACAUGUAAUCUUGAGCGAACUUUUAAAAGGUCAAAAACUUGUAUUCAUGUUCACCUUUGCAUUUUUUUUUUUUUUUUUUUUACCUAUUCACCUACACCUACAGAUUAUCUCAGUAAUAUUUUGAGUUGCUGGUUGUUUGUUUUUGGUUGCAUUUUUUAUUGUGCAUGCAGAAUGUGCAUUGAUAACCUGUGACCCUUAUUUGGGCAGUAUUAGAAAAAGUAUCAUGAAUCAAGAGAUACUCUUGGAAUUUCCAUAGGGCCAAAACAAAGUUGGUGAUCUAAAGGCUUGUUAGUAAUGUGGAGUUUCUACAGAAAGUUAGUGAAAAAUAAGGUUUGUUUUCUGUUAGAAAAAUGGGCAGCUCUCUCCAGCCUACUGUGUAUUUUCCAUGUUAAUCCUGACAGUUCACCAGAUAGCUAGUCAUGGAGAAUGCAGGCAGUUAACUUAGUGUCCCUUCAGCAACGGUUCCUGCCUUGUAUAUUAUUUGGUUUCUUUUACUUACCUGCUUGAAUACUUGAAUAAACCCUUCACCAGUUUUAAUCCUUUUGUUUUAAUCCUUUCACAUAAAAUAAUCUGAAUUCUUUGACAAAUUAUACAGAAGCUCUUUGGCAUUAAUCUAAUUUUAGUGUACUGGUAAACAAACAAACAUGGUUUUCCUUUGACAAAGUAAUGUAAUUUUUACCUUAUUUAUCUGUAUGAAAUUCCAGCAGUUAAUUUGAACAUUUAUUUAUAUGAUGUUUGUAUUUUUAGGUCUUUAAUACAGUGUUUCUACCUCUCAUUUGUAACUGCAUGCGUUAUUCUUGAAACUAGGUAAAACUCACGGAAUUGUUAUGUAAUAGCCUUUUUAUUAUUCCUGUACAAAUGUAUAUUAAGGUAAAAUAAAACUGACAAAGUGUUUCUAGGGCACAGUUGGAUCAAUGUUAAGUGGCUUGUCAACGAGAUACUUCCUUAGUGAGUCUAGAGACUUGGCCAUUCAUGUCUUCUGUCUGGCCCCAGGAGUUAGAUGCUCAGUGACUGUCACCCAGGCUUCCGUGGCCCGGGACUGUUCCGUGGUGAUUCGUGUACUGCUCCUUGUUAUUAGUGAUGCUGUAUUUUGUAUAAUAUUUUUAUUUUAUAGUGCAAUUUCAUUCAUGUUCUCUCAGUUAUCACCUAUGUUAUCUCAAUUGUAGGUUUAUUCUGUUUCCUCUCCUGCUCCUAUUUUUUUUUUUUUAAACAUAGAAUGACACAGGUUCAGAGAGAGUAAGUGACUGGUCUGAAGUCAGGACCUAGGCAAGUGGUCAGGCCGUGCUUUGUGAUUUCCAAGUUCAUUCUUCUUGCUCUUGUGUAAUAAAGGCCUUGGAGUAGAUGGUGUGUGUGAAACAAUGAGGUCUCAACAGUAGAGAAGAACAAACUGUAAAUUUGUGAGUAAUGGCUCUGAUUAUACUUCCAUUAUCAAGGCUAACUGUUUUAAGAGAUUUUGCCUUGAUUAUAGCAAUAAUAAACAGAUGCUUUAUGUUUC